AAGCGUAGCAUAAAAAAGCAAGGGGAUCACCUCAUUUCCCGUCCAUCCUGAUCCUAUCUCUUUACUUUGCCUAAACUUAAAUUUCCCAAUAUAAUGGAUCCUAAGAUUUUGGCAUGCCUCUUCUUGCUGCAGCUGCUGGUGUUGUUAGGUCCGGCGAGCUCGGACUUGGCCAAGGACAAGGACGAGUGCGCGGACAAGCUGGUCGCCCUUGGGCCGUGCCUGGGCUAUGUUAACGGCGUGGCGAAGGCUCCCACGCAGGACUGUUGUUCGGCGUUGAAGGGAGUGCUUGACAAGGGCAGGAAAUGCCUGUGCUUGUUGGUGAAGGAUAGCAAUGAUCCCAGCCUUGGCUUCAAGAUUAAUGCUACUCUUGCUUUAGGCCUCCCGGAUAGGUGCAGUACACCAGCCAAUAUUUCCGAAUGCCCUGAGCUCUUGAACUUGGCACCCAAUUCACCAGACGCAAAGGUAUUUCAAGACUUCGUCAACAGUGCUAAAGGAAGCAAUACCACUUCUCCAGCAGCUCCAGUUAAAGGCAGCCCCAGCGGUGGAGCAACAAGUGCCAACGUUAAGAGUGAUGGAUGCAAAAGAAAGCGAUUGGUGGAAGUUAAUGUGGCUAUGGGGCUGUUUCUCUAUGUUUUUAUUCUCAUCUUCAAUCUUUAAUUUCAAUAUGAAAUAUAAUGUUUAGUAUAUCUGUAUUUCUUAUAUAUUUUGAACCUUAUUAUUUUCUUUUUCGUGAUGGUUUACCCCCAUAUCGAUAUCAUCUCAGCUGCUUAAUUAUUAUCUCUUUUUUACUA